AUGUCAGUGUUGCAAUUUGCUAAUAGUGGGAAUCUUAGAGAAUAUCUUAGGUCACAUUUUUCAGAACUAGAGUGGAUAAAUAAACUUCAUAUUGCGAAAGAGAUAGCACAGGGCCUUGCAUUCUUACAUAAUUUAAAUAUUAUUCACCAGAAUCUU